GACUGUGGUAAAGCCCAGAUACACAAACUGGAGCAAGUGAUUCUCUUAAGAGACAAUUCUCCCCAGCUUGCAACUUCUGAUCCACCAGGUAGCGAACCAACGUGAGGUGGUGAAUUCGGAUAAUUAGUUAGUAACUAAGAUGAUUAUUUUGUUAAGCUGUGCAAUUUCACUAUUAUUCAUCACUUACACUAUCAGCACUCCACCUUCAUUUCCUAAUCAACGUCCACAUCUUGACUGUAAUAUUACGCAACAAGGAUUUCAUCUUCGAUUACACUGUGAUUUUUAUGAUAUUCCUAGGGAAUUGUUCGAAACUUGUCAACUUCAUGUACAUCUCCCAUCAGGUUUUUUCAUUGAUCCAUAUGAAUUGGCCUCUAGUCAACCAAAAUUAAAUUUUUCAAUAAUUAAGCCAAUGAAUGGAAAAAAGACAAAUUCUCGAAUUGAACAAUUUGUAAAUUGGUUGACAAACUCCAAAAAAACUGGUCCCUCCAAUGUACAUGAAGAAUUAAUCCAUCGUAAUUUAGUUGAUAUUGAAGCUCCAGAAUGGCUUGCUGAACCAUUAACUUUUAGGUUCAAUACUGAUCAAUUGAAUCCACUUAAAUUUGGUCAAAAUAAUCCUGUCAAAUCUUUAGAUAUUCCAGUUCAUCUACGCUAUCACCUUCCAUUAACAAAAACUGAUGAACUUAGCAACACUGAGCAUACUACUGAAAUCAAACAUCCUGUUCUCAACUGUCCUAAAAGCAACAAUUUAAUGAUUAGUACACAAAUUCAGAAUACUUUCUCUAUCAUUGUACCAAGACCGGGAACUUCUGAUCUUAUAUUUGUAAUGCCUAUCACUAUCUUGCUAUUGAUCAUAGGUGUUAUUGUUCUACUUAUGGCGUAAUGGAUUUUGUUUGGAGAUAAAGUAUUCUGGUUUUUUUUUCAUUUUAGUAACUAAAAAGUGUAAAAUACUUUGAUAAGCUGUAACUACUAAUAGCACCUUUUCUAAAUGUAUUUUUCAGUUUUUACUCCUCUACAGUGGUAUUAUAGCCAGCUGUAAUGUGAUGAAAAAAACCGAAUUCACCUUUUAUUUUUGUCGCGUAGAUAAGAAACUGUUAUAAAAGUACACAGUUGUUACUACCAAUACAAUUCGUUUUAUUUCCUCUUUUGAAA